AUGGCGUCAAGUGAUGGAGCUCUUCUUACAUUUCUGGACCUAAAGGACAAUCAUUUCUACUUCGAUGACCUUUGCGGGGAAGACGAAUUAGAUUCGGACGCAUUUAAAUGGUCUAUGGCAUCACCAAAGUUGGUCCGGAGCCCUGACAACAAGUUUUUAAUUUUAAAUGAGGAAAAUCAGUUUGAUCUCAAAGACCUCAAUAUUCAACAGCAAAGUUGCUCAAAUUACAAAUGUUAUAUUAACAUAUAUAAGGACUUAAGCCAGCAGUCAAUCUGUGGCCGGGCAGUCAUGCUGUACGUCCUCAAAGAUGACCGAAAGUAUGCAGCAGUUUGCAAAAAUGAAAAGGAAAUCAGUGCAGAAGAAAUUGCGCUUCAGGAUCGUAUUGAGGCCUCGCAACAUAAAGCUUUGUUCUACAUGGUUCAGAAUCAGCAGCCGCACAGAUACCAGUUUCGGUCCUCCUUGUAUCCAAACAAAGUCAUAGGAUUUGAUGAAGCUGAUUCAACCAAGUUGAUUUUAUGUCCUUACGACCCUGAGGAUCAAUGUGACACAUUUCACAUCAAGUAA